AUGGAGGUUUUGACAUGGUUUCAUUCCUUUGAGAGUCCUUGUAGAAGAUUCAUAUUGACCAAGAAGAGUGUUAACUUUGGUUUCUUUGACUCUAUCAGUUCCUUCGAAGUUGCAGUUCUGUUCUUAUUUGUUUCCCUUGAGUUGGAAUCUGCAGUUGUGGAAGAGACUCCAGUUGAAGGAUUAAUCCCAUUUUGCACAACUUCCCACAUAAGAGGAUCUGUGGAUCUAUUGAAGGCUUCCAUUUUGUUUUUGUUCGACGGCGACGGCGACGGCGGCCCGAAGCUCCCUCAAGACGUCGUCGCCGAGAUCCUGAAGCGGUUGCCGGUGGAAUCUGUCCUCCGAUGCAGGUGCGUCUGCCGGUCGUGGCGCUCCGCCGUCGACGACCCUGAUUUCGCGGCCCUCCACUUGCGCCACUCCGCUCUCGAUGCCUCCAAUUGGCACACCGCCUGCCUAGAUUGGCGGGAUCCUGUCCAGAACCUGUGCUCUCUGUUCUCCGAGGGGUCUCUCACCCUCCCUCCCCGGUCGCAAAUCGCAAUCCCGUUCGUUACUCCUCCCGACUGUUGCCUGAUCGUCGGUUCGUGCGAUGGUCUGAUCUGCGUCGCGGAAAUUUCCGGCGAUGGCUUUGGUCGGACGAUGUAUCUGUGGAAUCUGUUCACCAGGAAGCACAGGGCGGUUCGACCAUCCGGUCCGGAGCCUCAAAUUUCUUUCAUGGAGACUCCUCAUGAAGCUCUAGGGUUUGGCAUCGACGCUAGGUCGAAUGACUAUAAGAUUGUGAGGAUUCUCUAUGUUUUAGAUGAUAAUGGCCGAUGCUCUGGUGGGACGGAGCCUUGGGUCGAGAUUUAUUCACUCCGCGCAGAUUCGUGGAGAAGCUUGGCGUGUGAGGUUCCUGCUCUCUGUCAAGACGACCGGGCGGUCUUCUUGAAUGGGAAUCUGCACUGGUUUGCUUCCAAGUUCGGUGAUCUGGGGGAGGAGGAGGGUGGGUACGGAUCAAUAGUCUUGUUCGAUGUUGCCGGUGAGGUGUUUGAUGAAAUGGCUCUGCCGCCGGAAGAGAUUUCUCACGCAGACUCUGUCGCUUUGGUGAUGUCUCUGGCAGUUUUAAAUGACUUGCUGGCUGUGUUCAUCAGUUUCAUAAACGCAGCUGUGGAUCCCGAACUGCAUUCCGUUUGUUCUGUUUGGGUUAUGAGGGAGUACGGCGUGCCUCGGUCUUGGACUAAGCUGUAUACUUUCAAGGCUUGUGGAGUAGUAGCAGGAUUUGAUGGCUUCACGAGGAAUGGCGAGCUUCUGAUGGAACUAGAUGGUGGAGAACGAGUUUCUUGGAAUCCAAUUACAAGCCAAUUCACAAAUCUUCCGCUAUGGACGGAAUAUGAUCUGGUCACUAUCGUGGAGAGCCUUGUUUCGCUUGAGAGAUGACUCGGUUGCUUCUACAUUUACCGGUACGACAGAUUGAUUCUGCUUGCAAAAGAAUUGAAAGAGGGAUUUGAAUUUAGAAGAAAUGGUCUUAUACAUAUCCGCUCUGGCCACAAAAUGACGGGUAGAAGAAGUGAGGUGGUGCCCCAUCUGCCAUUGGUACUUCUUGCAAGCUUUAGAAUGCAUAUAUGCAUUUUCACAUUUUGAGUUUUUCUUU